GGAUAAUGCUGGCUGGCAGACAAUCGAUUGUGAAUGAAUCGAGUGAAAGACAACAGUAGAAAAGACGAGGGGCAAUAUGCAGUGUGCAUUCACUCGAUUGUCGCAUGAUGAAUGAAGAGGGACGACCAUAUCUGUUCCGCUUGCUUCUCCCAUACUCUCUGUCUUCCUCUCACCCACUCACUCUCACACAGUCUCGCUCUUCUCCUUCUUUCUAUUCUCUGCCUUCAUUUCAUAUCAUUUCUGAAUCUUUUCUUCUUCUUAUCGCUCUGGUCAUCUGUUUCCAUCUGUUUAUCACUUUCUGGAAAGCUUCACCUCAACCGGCUGUUCUGCUCACUUCGAGAAAGAUCUUCAGAGCCCAGGUCUUGCGUGGAGUGUUCUUGUCUUUUUUGCUAGCUUCUGUCUAUACUGUCGCUCUGUUGCAUCUACUUGUCAUCUCUGUCGUGUUUCUAAUCCUGUACUUCCUGUAUCCUUCAGUGUUUUGACAUUCCGCUGCUGUCACAUCAGCGUGCUUCUUCCUUCUGGGAUAUUCCAGUCGACGGAGCCUGUUUUGGCUUUGAAAGGUGAGUCUUGAACCAUCUUUUAGUGCUGCUUGAAUGUGACACUGGCUACCACAACCAAGCCUCUGCAUACAGGCUUCGAUCUAUUUCCCACGGAAACACAGUGAGCACUAGGUACCUCGAGGUACAGCCACCGCCGACCCACAA